GAAGAGGAAAGUCAGGCCAACUGAAAACAAAAAUAGCUAGAUAGCUAACAGCUAAUGGCACUAGCUGUUUACGUUAAUUGUUUAGUACGUAUUGAACUCUGGAUUCUCUCUAACGAAAAUCACUUUUAGGUGAGGACAAGUCAAAAUGCUUCACAAUAAAAUAAAGAUGGAGAAACUAGACUCAGAUGGUACUGGUGCGAGACAUCGCCUGGAUGCGGUGCUGCAAGGCCUGGUAGACAAAAGCGACAAUGAGAGAGAUCAGAAUGAUGAUGAUGCUGGGAAAUUGGUAGCUGACUCCAUGAAUAAGGACUUAUCUCCUACAUCUAUUGGUAAAAGGCCAUCAUCACGUUUUUCUCAGCACCGGAGGAAGAAGCGCAAAGAAAUGGAUGAUGGUUUACCUGAGACUAACCAGCAAAAACAAAACUCGUACAUUAUUAAGCUGUUCGACCGCAGUGUGGAUUUAGCACAGUUUAGCAGCAACACUCCACUCUACCCCAUCUGCAGAUCAUGGAUGAAGAACAACCCCUCUGUGAAAGAGAGCAUAAUUUCCACCCCACCUCACAACAUGGCAGAUGAUGAGAUAUCGGACAUGUUAAAUGGCAAAAGUGAAAAUGUUUAUCGUCUUCCACAUUCUGUUGCCUGUCCACUUAAUGAGUCUGGUGAUCCAGUCAACCUAAGAAUUCCUCCUAUAGAGAAACAGCCUGCCAGCCAGUCUGCAGAGACUGGAGGAGCUGCUAACCUCAUGUUUAACCACAUGAAACGCUGGAAGAAAAUAAGGCAGAAGUGGAAAGAAGCUUCUAAUAAGAACCAACUGCGUUACAGUGAGAGCAUUAAGAUUUUAAAGGAGAUGUAUGAACGCUAGCUCAACCCUAUUCUCAUCACCUGCAUCAGGAGCCUGAAAACUUCUAGGUGGAAGUCUGUGGAGUCUAUGAAAAAUUGUAAUCAAGCAAUGUUCGUAGGACCUGCACUACAAUAGAGAAAGCAAAUAUUGAUUGUUUUUGUUUAUUUUGCAUUCUUUUUAUGCCAUGCAGACCAAUUCCAGAGUCGGACUAUAAACUGUUAUUUUAAAACCUACUGAAGUUUAUUCAGUCUGAAUUUAAUAAAUGUUCAUUUUUGUUCCUG